GUGAUGUGGGAGGAGCGGGCGAUUUGAACGGGAGGUGGCGCAGACGACUUCCGACUCCGGCUCCACGGCGGCACGCGGCCUCCCGGCUCUUCGGGUCUCCCAGACUCCAGCCUUCACCGCCCGGACGCGGAAGUCCGAUCAGGAGCAGUGGGACUGGGCGCCGGGGCCCCCCGCGGCCCGCCAUGGGCCCGCGCCGCGGGAGACGCAAGCCUGAGACCCCGCGAGAGAGGCGCAGCGCGAGCCCGACCCCCGGCACCUCCCGGCGGCGCCCCUCCUUAGGUGCCCCGGCCCGUCUGCGUGCUCGGCGGAGCCAACGGCUUCUGAAGGAGAUCCAGAAGCUUCAGAAGAGCACGGGCCUCUUGUUAAGGAAGUUGCCCUUCAGCCGUGUGGCAAGAGAAAUAUGUGUUAAAUUCUCUCGUGGUGUGGACUUGAAUUGGCAAUCCCAGGCCCUGUUGGCCCUACAAGAGGCAGCAGAAGCAUUUCUAGUUCAUCUCUUCGAGGACGCCUAUCUCCUACACGCCGGCCGAGUCACUCUUUUCCCAAAGGACGUGCAGCUGGCCAGGAGGAUCCGCGGCAUUCAGGAGGGCCUGGGCUGAGCUCCUGCAGCCCAGGUCCGUGAUUUUGGGCACACACAACUGGCAUGUUUUCAAGCUGCUUGGUCCAGGACUCAAACUGCCAAGUCUUAACCACCAUACCACCUGCUGGCCCAGAUUUUCCUACUUUUGAAAAUGCCUUGUUAGUAUAUGUGACUCCUCCGUUUCAGGAAUGAUAACCAGGGACUCUCCAGAGCUACAGUUCGAUCCACUGGAGCCCGAGGUACUGCCUGGACUUUGCACUGUGUGCAUGUGGCCUUUUAAAUCGUUCUUUAAGAAAGAGACGACUGCAUGGCUUCCUUUCCUCUGUAACAGAGGUAGUACACAGGACGAUCAACACCGUUCCAAAGGCCUGGAAAUUAAUUUUCAGAUAAAGAGAUUCCGUAUUGACUUCAGUGUUGAAUGAAUCACCUGACUGUCCCAGGAGUUUAAAGAUCUCAGAGUUGCUGUUAUAGAAGAAAAGGUUACUUAUCAAUUUAGAUCUUUCUGUACCAUUGACUUUGUUCUUUAAACCACAUAUAUAUAUUUGUACUUAAUUAUUUUAAACAUAAAGGAACAAAUAAGAGAAGGCCACUUUGAGCCAUUGCACUGAAGGGCCUGGCAUGUGUAGCAUACAAAUCUUUGCCCUCCCAGUCUCGGCGUUCGUGGCAGCAUCAAGUUACUGAGUGGGCUGAGCUGACUGACAAAUGCACAGCUUUUCCAAAACUUCAUUGGGAUUGACAUGGAAAAUCUCUGACAUUUGAUAUUCUGGUUCCUUCUAGUCAACUCCUAUCAAAAUUAUUCAGAAAUUCUAACUCGUAGAAUUUAACGUGUUAUUCCUAAUUAUAAAUCAUAGAAGAUGUAGUAUAGCAACCCGGGAUUUUAAAACGCUUUUUCAGUUUUUGUUCGUUUUUGUUUUCAAGUAUUUUUAUAGCUUUGUGGAAAGAUAAUAAAAAUAAAACCAAUUCUUUAAUGAAAAUUUUAAAACAAAGUUAUUCUUACAGCAUAUAGAGAUUAUAUUGUUUUUUUUUUUUUGUAUGUUAACAUUAAAUUCUUCAUUUACACACUAUUUCCAGACAGCCACAGUUUAAACAAGAGGAUUGAGGGGUGUGGGUUCGCCUCUAAUGGGGUAGGAUGUGAGCAGGUGAAAGCCUUUCCCUGCUGUUAUACUUGGAAGCAGUUCUAAGAGGUUCCCAGAGAAAUGCGAAGUGCUUCCCAGAGACUGGAAAAGCUGUACGUGGCGGACAUGCAGCUGAAGUCAGAGACGAGCCGAAGGGAAACACCAGGUUUUAUUGUUCCAUCUCUUUUCAUCCUUUGGAACAAAAUCUCACUGUUUGAUAUUAACUCAUGUACGUGCAGACAUUUGAG